GCCCUUAACUCAACUGUGUUGAAGAAGGGAAGUCUCUUUUCCGGCGGUAUAGUGUCGCAAUACAAACACAAGAAUGCUACAGGCGAUGUUAAAAUCAGUACAGAAUCAGAGGUCUCAACAACAUUUACCAUCACAGAUAUCGUGCCGUCUACAAGAACCAUUGCUUCAAUUAAACUACCUGAUUACAAAUCUGGCAAGCUGGAGGUACAGUAUCUCCAUGAACACACAUCAUUGUCUACAGCUAUUACUCUGAAUCAGUCCCCUGCUAUCGAUUUCUCUGCAACCAUUGGUACCCCAAGCAUUGCCUUUGGUGCAGAAGCUAGUUACUCGACAGCUUUCGGAAAAUUCUUGAAGUAUAACGCCGGUGUAAGCUUGACAAAACCAAGCUCUAUUGCUUCAGUAAUUCUGGCUGACAAAGGAGACUCACUAAGGGCUUCAUAUUUGCAUUAUCUGAAGCAGCUGAAUGGUGGAGCUAUUGUUGGGGAGGUAAAUAGAAGAUUUUCCACAAAUGAGAACACCUUGACAGUUGGAUGUUCAUAUUUAGUUGAUUCCAACACAACAUUGAAGGCAAAGCUCAACAACCAUGGCGAUCUUUGGGCUCUUUUAUUGCACCAGGUUACGCCCAAGUCCUUCCUCAUAGUCUCCGGUGCCUUUGACACCAAGGCCUUAGAGAAAGAACCCAAGUUUGGUUUGUCACUCAACCUCAAGCCUUAAAUAGUGAUACUGAUUUAAGUACAGAUGUUAUUCAGUUUACACAUAAAUUGAGCCCAAGUUUGGAGUUUGGUCUUUUUCCUCUUUAUCCCUUUCCUUUUCCUUU